AAGAGCGUCAGGAGCUAACUGAGUACAGUACCGGACAUAAAUGCUGUAUGAUUUUCUAUAGGAAGGUAUAGGAAAAUCGCAUGUAUAACCGUAAGUGUCGCCAUCUGGAUAAAAUGGAUCUGGUUGAACUAAAACAAAUGUUGAUCCUAUACCUACAGACGGUAUGACAGUUUGUUACCAUGCAAACAUUCUAAAGGACAUUGACGUGGAAGUAGACAAAAUGGCGUAGUGAGAGGAAUUCUAUUGACGUGAUUUUAGUGCAAAUGUAAUUUUUUUUUUUAAAAGAAGACAAUAUUUGUUGAUGUCAACACGUGUUAUUUCCUAACCAAACAAAAGUAUCCGAAAUAAAAAAGUGAAAAUGAAAAAUUCGGAGAUAGUUGGAUUUGCCAAUCCAGAAGAAGUUGACGAUGAUGAAGAUAACGAAAUAUGUCACAAAAAAAAGAUAUCAAAGAAAUCAGGAGGAUUUCAAGGAAUGGGGUUGAGUUAUCCUGUACUAAAAGGCAUCUUGAAAAGGGGUUAUAAAAUUCCUACACCUAUUCAAAGAAAAACAAUUCCUUUAGCUUUAGAAGGCCGAGAUGUUGUUGCUAUGGCUAGAACUGGCAGUGGUAAAACUGCCUGCUUUUUAAUUCCAAUGUUUGAAAGAUUAAAAACAAGACAAGCAAAGACGGGGGCUAGAGCAUUAAUUUUAUCGCCAACUCGAGAAUUAGCUCUUCAGACAAUGAAGUUCAUUAAGGAACUUGCUAAAUUUACUGAUCUUAAAGCUUCUGUGGUACUAGGAGGUGAUAGCAUGGAUGAACAAUUUGGAGCAAUUCAUGGAAAUCCAGAUAUUAUUGUAGCUACUCCUGGACGGUUUCUUCACAUUUGUGUGGAAAUGGAUCUUAGCCUAGAUAGUAUAGAGUAUAUUGUUUUCGAUGAAGCUGAUAGGCUUUUCGAAAUGGGUUGGGGAGGACAAGUUCAUGAAAUAACAAAUCGACUUCCAGAGAACAGGCAAACACUCUUAUUUUCUGCCACUUUACCAAAAGUUUUAGUGGAAUUUGCUAAAGCAGGACUUAGUGAUCCAAUUUUGAUACGUCUGGACGUAGAAAGUAAACUUCCAGAUGAGCUGAAAUUAUCAUUUAUUUCUUGUAGAUUAGAAGAAAAGGUAGCAGUUCUUCUGUGUUUAUUGAAAUAUGUCAUUAAAGAGGAUUCACAAACAGUUGUUUUUGCUGGUACCAUGCAUCAUGUUGAAUAUCUUCAUAUGAUUCUAGAUCAUGCUAAUAUAAGCAAUACUUUCAUUUAUUCGAAUUUAGAUGCAACUGCACGUAAAAUAAAUGCAGCGAAAUUUCAGUCGAAUAAAGUCAAAGUAUUGAUAGUAACAGAUGUAGCUGCUAGAGGAAUUGAUAUUCCUCAUUUAGAUAAUGUGAUAAAUUUUAAUUUCCCCGCCAAAAGUAAACUCUUUGUUCAUCGAGUUGGACGUUGUGCUCGUGCUGGACGAACUGGAACCGCCUACAGUAUAGUAUCCAACGAUGAGUACCCAUAUCUCUUGGAUCUGCAUCUAUUUCUAGGCCUCCCACUUACAAUUAUUCCACCCACAGGAUCUAAAAAAAUGAUUGAGGGAGCAAUUGGUAGUUUUCCUCAAUCUAUGAUAGAACAGGAACUCUCAGAACUAAUUAUUUGGCAUGAUACUCACACAGAUUUGCAAAAUAUGAAAAAUGUAUGUAAAAAUGCGUAUCAACAAUAUUUGAGAUCAAGGCCAGGCGCAUCUACAGAUAGUGUCAGAAGAGCUAAAGAAUUAGAUAUUAAGAAUGCUGGUGUCAUUCCCGAAUAUUCAGAUAUGGCUCCAAAAACAGCUAGUAUUUUAUCACAGAUGAAAAAUUACAGACCUCCUGGAACUGUCUUUGAAAUAUGCAAGAAACCUUCAUCAACUGAUUAUAAAGUAAUGAAAGCCAAGCGAGCAUUCCACAAAGAUGUUAUUAUGAAUUUUAAACAAAAAGUCGCUGAAAGACAAGAGACUUCUGAAAAAGUUACCAAUGCUGCUGAGAAGAAAUUAAAAUUAGCUAAAAGUAGUACUGAUGAAAUAAAUGCUGCAUUCAAUGAAAUAAUUACUCCAAAAAAGAGAAAGUUGGAUGAUUUAUAUAAGCCUACGAAAAAAAAGAAGAAGGCUAGUGUAAAAGACGAGGAAUUUUAUAUUCCUUAUGCUGCGCCUGAUAAACAUACAGAAGAAGGACUUGCUGUAAAUAAUUUUAUGACCGAUGCAGAACGAGUGCAAAUGGACUUGGAUGUGGAUAAUGAAGAUUCAAGGAGACUGCAAACACAAAUAAAAAAAUGGGAUAGAAAGAAGAAAAAAAUGAUAACUGUAGACAAUAAUUCUAAGGCUGGAAAAAUUCGAACAGAGAGUGGUACAUGGAUCUCUGCAUCCUACAAAACAAACCGGUAUGCUCAAUGGAAGGAAAAAUCAAAGAUGGAAAGCAAUAAUGAUGAAAGUGAUGAUAAUGAAAAUGAGGAUAAGUCAGAUGGCUGGCCAAAGAGUCGUUGGCAGCGAUAUAAUCAGAAAAUGAAGGAAAAAGAAAAGGCGAAGGAUGAGUUAAAGAGACCUGAGCAGAUUCUGAAGCAGCGAAAAUUAAAAGCAAAAAAGAGGGGUCGAAAUAAUAGAAGGAAGGAUAAAGGACAUAAAGGAAGCAGGAAACGAUAAAUGUUUGAAUUGACAUCUCUCUGGGUGCGUGAUGCGGAAAUCAAAAUAGAAAUGAGAAUUGAAGAAGAUCCAACACGAAGUAACGAGCAACAAAACGGAAGAAACAAACAGAAAGAAAUAAAAUAAGGAAAUGAUAGACGUCUUCUGUAUCGUAAAUAUUCUUUUUAUUUACUUUAUAAGUUGAUUAAUUAAUUAAUUAUUUUAUAACUAAAUUAUGAGAACAUAUAUAUUUGUAAAAUAAUUUACAAAUAUCAGAGUUUUAAAAACAAUU